AUGCAAGCAGGUAUGGAGGCUGAAUGCAUUCAGGAACUUUGUAAAGUGAUACCAGAAUUGGAAAGUGAGAAUUUCUUGGCCCUUGUUGAACAUCUAUCAUCUGAACUUGGACUAACAAAGAAAGCGGACCUUGCCUUACUUGAGCCAGAUGAUUUGCAGCAGCAUUUAAAGCCAAUUCUACGCCGCAGACUUAUCCAGGCCUUCAGAUUUCCAUCAACAAGACCACAAAACGCAUGGAUCAACCAGUUUGAGAUCCCAUGGAACAAGAUGCCUGCCUCACUCUUGAAGGCAACAUUAAGAGGGCAGAGGGCUAGACCUGAGGACAGAAGAGCCUGGAAGAGAACCAUGGUGAGUGCCAUGCAGGAACACUGUCCAAAUCCAAACAAGGCUGCCUGUGAUGAAAUCGCAAAAAUGAUCGUGUCAAAAUAUCCUUCCACCUUUGUUGACAUGACUGAGGAAGAUGAACAGCUAGGAGUAGGGUAUUACUCACUUGCAAAACAACUUAAGACUAGAGUUGAACACGCGAAUCGCAAUAAUGUGAGUGAGAAAAUACGAAGACCGAGGAUAAUGUCACAAACCAGUGAUGAUGGUAGCACCAAAACAGUGCGGUGUAAAGUUGACAGCUACGGCUGCAUUAACUGGCAGCCAAAAUGUGUCCCAGAAGGAGAGACUUCUGAGUCUUUAGAAGACAGAAGAAAAGAUAUAAUGGCCAUUUUCCAGUCUGCUGGCCCCAGAGCUGUGGACAGGCCAGGUGUUGACGAGUCAAUGAGGUUGACAUACAUCUAUCAGCGUCACAUGCUAAACUCCUGUCCUCCUCUGAGUAUUAGUGUGAUUGAAGAACACUGGCCUUUCCUCUUUACAAAAAGAGGACUCUGUGACCAUUUCAAAGCACUCACAGGUAUUGAUAUCUGUGAUCGAGUGGGGGAGGCUCUUCAAUCCAAGGGGACGAGGAUCAUCAACUUCUUCCAAAGACAGACCCAGAACAGAGCCAUUCAGCGUCUUCUACGAGACAUUGAGAGCAACACAACAGCCAUGCAGCAGAGCCGGACCGGCAUAGCUGCAGUGCUUCUUCUGAUGAAGCACUUCCAGGAGCAAGAGGGCUCCAUCUUUCUUUUGGCAGAUGCAACUGCGACAAAGCGAUCGAUUGAGACAGACAUGACACUCCCAUCCACACCAAGAUUGAUUAUGCUUGGGAACACAUUUCUCUCGGCCACAAAAUGGAUGGUGAGCAUCGAAGGGAGGGUGGCCUAUGUUUUAGAGGAGCACCUGGGGUUUGCAGAUGCCCUGUCAGUGUUUUUUGGAUGCUUCUAUGUUUUCAACAUAGAAUAUCAGGAGCCUGCCUGUGCAACAUUGGAACUCAUACAACGAUUCUUCAUGAGGAUCAAUCAGGAGGAAGGCACAAAAUGCACUGCAAAAACUGGAGUGAGUUGCAAGACAGGAGCAGUGGUGAAGAGCAAGGCGGAAGCCAUCAAUAGUCGAGUGGCCUCCUUCCUUCACCAGCUAACAGAGUUUGCGUGGAAGAACUUGGACUAG